AUGCCUAGCGCUGACAAUGAGAAUGGAAAAGACAAGUUCAAGCAACAUAUAAAGGGCCUUGUAAAGGCGCUGAAGGCCAAAAAGCAGAGGAAAAAGGUUAUUCCACAUGAGAAGAUUCUGAGCCUUUAUAUGAAAAAGGCGAGAUGGAUUAAGAUUGGCGUGCAUCUUUUUUUCGAGUUCCAUGAGCCCAUAUAUGCUCGAUUGGGUCUCGAGCUUACGGCCGCUCCUCAGGAAUCACAGGAGAUCUCGGAGGAAUCACAGCCUCUCGAGAACGGUGUCAAUAGCAUUGAUCCAGCGGUCGUGAAGCGGCUUCAGCGAGCAGAAAAGGAACGCAAGAAGCAAUCGGAAGUUGCAUGUACAGAAUUUCUGACGAUGCUACCCAAGUUUCCGAAGACGUUGAAGGCCAUUCAUGCUGAUGACCCCGACUUGCUCGAGUUCUUCCUUGACGAGGCAAACAGUGGCAGGAACGACGAUAGCAAGAGUCUGAAGUCUGAUAUCAUUGCCUAUAUCCCUCUUGACCCCAACAUCGAUCAUGUGAACCCACCGAUUGUGAAAGGAAGCUCGAAGGCGAUGCGUGGCUACAACCAUGACGUGACUGGGGGCCUUUUGGUCCCGCUUGAACUCUUUGAUGAAUGGCAAAAAAAUCCCGCGAGAUUCCGCAAUAAAUUUAAGGAGGGUAAAAUCACAAUCACUGAAGAGAUAUGGCCACGUUUUUGUUAUCCCGAAGGUACCAAGUACGAUCGUAAGCGAACAUUUUCUGGUCUCUUCCGUGGGCAUUUGAUUGUCCGGACUCUAAAUCAUAUCCUUACCGGCCCUUCGACCGCGUUCCAGACCGACCCCGACAAGAAUGCAAAGUCGAGCAAGGCCCAACUUCACAAGGUUGACAGAGUCGAAACUCAGCAUAUCGCCUACGCCGCCACUCAGUGUUACCUUCAUCUCUCAUCCCUCAGUAGUUGGAGCGAACUCGACAACCAGUUCUCACUACGUCUUUUUUACGAGAACAUUAUUGCAGUCCUUUCACUUGACAUCCCGUGGGCAAAGGAGACAUUGGAAUGGUACCAGACCCAGGUUCCUGGACUGCACAAGGUCAAGAAUGGUAGUCGUGGCAACAAUCGAGCAAUCCAGCAACGGGAAAUUGACCCUGUUGCAUUGCUGUUGGAGCAAGCCCAAGCGGAUGAGGCUGAAGCUCACCCGCCGCCACCUCCGACACCUCCACCACCUCCAGCGUCUCAGCAACGUGUCAGCGAGCCUCCUCGGCAAACCAAUCCGCCCCCUACGCAGUCUCCACGCGCAGCCACAUCACCGAUUCCUUCUCGAGAGCAACCCACACCACCAGCACCGAGUCCACGAAACGACGAUCAACAGAAGAAUGACGCCGACCUGGAGGAGAGUCUAUUCCCCGAGGACGAAGAAGAGGAUGCAGCCGGUGCCCAAUUCGCACGACGACGACGUACUAAUGAUGGAAAGGACAAUGAAACCGCUUGCGAUGAUGACGAUGACUUACUUCUCGCGGUGUUUGGGGGCAGGGAAAAUGGUCGGUCUGACAGUCCGCUUUCAGAACUCGAUUUUCUUCCCGAAGAUGAACCCGAGGUCGCAGUUCCGAAAAAGAAAAGCAAUUCACGCUCGGCAGCACAGCACCUAAACAGUGACGACGAAGACGACGAGCAACCUGUCCCCUCCAGGUCUCGCUCAGCCAGGCAGAAGCAACAGCCAGUCGACGAUUCGGUGAAUGCUUCGCGUCAAUCUCGGUCUCGGUUGAAGAGAAAAGCGACCGACGUGGUGGAAGAUGGGGGUGACGAUGAGGAAGAGGAGCUCGAGGAGGAGGAUGCGCCAAAGAGGAAGAAGAAGAAGGCAGAAAAGGCGAAGAAGCCAGUAAAGGCGAAGAAGAAGUAG